AUGCCAAGUAUCAUAAUUGAAUCCGAAAGACUAAGACAACCUGAAGCACCAAAGAUGCAGCUAGAGUGUUUAGAACUUGCAGGGUGUACACUUGAUCGGUAUAUUAGUGCCGACAAUUCCCGCCCUUCAUUUUUGGAGAUAACUGGAAUAGCUGCCCAAGGAACCCCAACAUGCAGUGGCUUAAAUGCUGGAGAUUACAGAAAUUUAUCUGCUUUGCUCAACCAUCCAAAUUUAUCACAAUUGAAGAUAUUAAACAAAGUUCCAUUGCCACCUGAAAUUAUGGAACAUUUUGCCCAUAUGCAAUGCCAUUGUUUAAUGGGAGUAUUUCCAGAAAUAAGUAGAGUAUGGUUGGCAAUUGAUAGUAACAUUUAUGUUUGGGCCUUUGAACAUGGAAGUGAUGUAGCCUAUUUUGACGGCCUUGGAGAAACUAUUGUUAGUGUGGGACUAGUAAAACCUAAGCCUGGAGUAUUUCAGAGCUUUGUUAAGUAUUUGCUGGUAUUAACAACCACUGUAGAAAUAGUGGUAUUAGGAGUUACAUUUUCAAGUAGUAAGAAUGAUGGUAAUGCAGACUUUGAAGAGAUUCAUUUAGUGCCUGAGCCUGUUUUUGUAUUACCUACUGAUGGUGCAUCAAUGUUGUGUGUUAAAUCUACCUCAAAAGGCAGAAUAUUCAUGGGAGGCAAAGAUGGUUGUUUAUAUGAAAUUACAUAUCAGGCACAGUUAGGAUGGUUUGGGAAACAUUGUAAAAAAGUCAAUCAUUCUACCAGUGCUCUGUCAUUUUUGGUACCAUCAUUCCUCAAUGCAGCCUUGUAUGAUGAAGACCCUAUUGUUAAAAUUGAAGUAGAUAAUUCUCGUCACAUUCUUUACACAUUAAGUGAGAAAGGAUGUAUAGAAAUAUUUGAUUUAGGAAGUGAUGGAGAUAGCUUAAGUAGGGUAAUGAGAUUAACUCAAGGGAAGAUUGUGUCAUCAGCUCUAGAUAUUGUUAAAACAUUAGAAGCAAGUAAUUUUAAACCAGUCAUAGCAAUAUCGGCUGUGGAGGAAUCUGAAUCAGAUCAUCUUAAUUUGGUGGCUGUUACACAAACUGGGGCUAGACUUUAUUUUAGUGCUGGCAGCGGAGAUGCAAGUCAAGGUGGGUCACAAAGACCACAGUACCUAACAUUGUUGCAUGUGAGACUACCACCGGGUUUCACACCUAACGCUUCGGUGUUAAAACCUAAACAAGUGCACAGUGCUGUAUAUGAUAAUGGCACGCUGGUGAUGGUGUGUUCGUCGGGCGGUGGCGAAGCGGAGUCGCUGUGGUGCCUGUCGCGCGCGCUGCCGGCGCCGGGCUUCAGCGAGGCGCACACGGUGCUCGCGCUGGAUGGACCGGCGUGGGCCCUCACCGCACUGCCUCCCAUACAUGCUGAUCAUAUCUCACCCGCUCUUCUUGCUAAGAAAGAAAUUUGGUCGUCAUCGCGCUGGGCGGUGGUGAGCGCGUGGGGCGCGGCGCUGCUAGCGGCGGGCGCGGCACCGGAUCUACUGCGCACGCUGCUGCGCGACUACCGCGGCCCUGACGCGCAGCCAGUCAAGGAUAUGUUCCAGUUACAAGGAGCAGAGCAAGCGUGCGCGUGCGCAGCGUACCUGGCGUGCGAGGACGCGAGCGGCGACGCGUCGGUCAGCGAGUGGGCGGCGCGCGCCUUCUUCCUGUACGGCAGCCAGCCCGCGCCCGCGCCGCUCUACGCGCACCACUCGCAACACUCGCAGACUGCUUCCGCUAUCGGUUCGCCGAAGUUUUCGCCACGUCAAGUAUCGACGCCAAUGUCGACAAGGCCACAGGAUCAAAUGAGGCAGGCACAGCUGAACCAGUCCUACCAACAAGCACAAAUGAACCAAUCAAUGGGAAUCUCGAGCCAAUCAAUGAUGCCACAAUCAUACCAACAAAAUAUUGUGAGUCCAACAGGAUUCAACCAGUCAUCUUUUAUGGCUAAUGUAACACAGCAGCAAAGAGAAAAUUACCCCAUGCAAAUAGAAUAUAGUGCGAAACACAAUGGCCUGUAUAUAUAUGUGGGAAGAAUAUUGUCCUCUAUUUGGAAUUUAAAAUGUGUUACGAAGUCCAUGACGCCAGAAAAUAAAGAGCUAAUGUCAAGCAAAGUGACUGGUGAAGACUGUGCAUACAUUGUAAAGAAGCUACAGCGCGUGUCAGCGUUCAUGCGCGUGGUGGCCGCCACGCAGCCAGAGGAGCAGGCCUCUUUGCAUUCAUUGAAGCUAUUCAUCACGAUGGCAAUAGAAAUGUUGAGUCUUUGGAAAGUACUUUGUGAGCACCAAUUUCAUGUAAUAGCGGCUAGCCUCCCUCCCGAACAGCAAAGUGCUUUGCAAGCAGCUAGUUUUAGAGAAUUGUUAGUGGGUGGUCAAGAAGUAGCAUGCCUGUUGCUGGGUUCUCUCGUGGCCGGGUACUUGCGCGACAACGCUUCAGUUGACGGCAUCUCGCAAAAAUUGAGGCAACUAUGUCCUACUUUGUAUCGGCAAGAAGAUGCUACAUGUUCGAAAGCCAAUGAAUUGCUAAUAUUUGCUAAGCAACAAAAGAAUCCUGCCGAGCGCGAGGAAAUGCUUCAGCAAGCACUGAAACUUUGCAAGGAUGUGGCACCCAAUGUUAAUCUGCCUCUGGUGUGUUCAAAACUAGUAUCCUCCGGUUUUUACUCGGGUGUAGUGGAGCUGUGCGUGGCCUGUGCCAGCAAGAUAGACCCGCAGGAUAAGGCUCUAUACUACUACAAGAGUGACCAACCCUCGCAGGAUAGAGAAGGGCAUUUGGCAUACUAUAGAAGGAUGGAGAUAUACCGCGAGGUGUGCAGCGCGCUGGAGCGCCUGUAUGAGCGCAGCGCCGACGCUACCGCCAACGGCUCUACUUCUGCUGCGGCCGCCGCAGACGCCUUGCACGCGCUCUCCGCGGCUGAUGCUAACUAUCAGGGAAGAAAGCUGGUCUGGGACUGUUUGUGUAGGGACGAUGAAAUUCUACAUGUUGCUGUGUAUGAAUGGCUCGUCUCAAAGAAUUUGGGAUCAGAGUUGUUAUCGCUGAGCGGCGCGCCGCCGGCGUCGCUGCGCACGUAUCUGCAGGCGGCGUCGCGCCAGGCGCCCGCGCCGGCCGCGCUGCAGCUGCUCGACCUGCUGUGGAUGGUGUUGGAGAAGGCCGGCGACCACCUCGCCGCCGCACACGUGCUCGAGGGACUUGCUACUAAACCUGGCACGGGCGCGACCCUAGCGCAACGCAUGUCGUGGGUGUCGUCGGGCGUGGUGUGCGUGCGCGGCGCGGGCGCGCGCGCUGCGGGCGGCGCCGAGCUGCUGCGGCGGCUAGAGGAGGCGGCGGAGGUGGCGCGCGUGCAGGCCGCCGUGCGCGCAGCGCUGCGCGCCGCACCUGCGCACCCGCCCGCACACCUGUUGCAGCGCCUGGACGACGAGCUGCUCGAGAUCACGCAGCUAUACGAAGAGUAUGCGGACCGCUACAACCUGUGGGAGUGCAAGCUCGCGAUCGUGCAGUGCUCGGGGCACAACGACGCGCUGCUGGUCGAGAACAUCUGGAGCAACAUCCUGGCGGAGGCGGAGGCGGCGGCGCGCGCGCUGCCCGCGCCCGACGAGCGCCUCGCUUCCGUGCUCAGCAAGCUGACCACGCUGGGUCGGGAGUAUGUCAAUACUGGGCAUUGCUUCCCGUUGUAUUUUAUCGUUCGUCAAUUAGAAAUAAUGAGCUGUAAGUUGCAAGCUGAAAAGAGUAUGGUGUUUGGAGCUGUUCUUAACAUCGGUGUUUCCUUGGAACAAGUACUAGACAUUUAUAUAAAACUAGUGAGUGUGAACGAGCGCGUGUGGCUCGGGUGCGGGGACGAGUCGCACGUGUGCGCGGCGGCGGCGCUGCUGCUGGGCGCCGCGCGCGCCGAGCUGGCGCCGCUGCCGCCCGCGCCGCGCCGCCGCGCGCUCGCCCGCUGCAAGGACCUGCACGAGGCCGCGCUGUCGGCGCUUCAGAGCCGCCCGAACACUCAACAACUUAUAGAUAAGCUAACAGUUGCGCAGGCGCAUCUCGAUCGUAUGGAU